AUGGACAGUCCUCAGAUCCCUGAACCGAGAAGCGACGGGGAAAGCGCGAGCGAGCGCAGGGGACGCGGUCUGGGGCAUCGCCGGGUUCUGGGGGCUCCCGGGCUCGGCGGCGGGCAGCUACUCGCCGGAGGCGGCGACUCUCCGGGUGACGGGGAAGGCGGCUCUAAGACGCUGACGCUACACGGUGGCACCAAGAAAGGCAGCGACCCCGGAGGUCCCCUGGACGGGGCGCUUAAGGCCCGCGCCUUGGGCGGCGGCGACCUGUCGCUGAGCUCGGACUCGGACAGCUCGCAGGCCAGCGCCAACCUCGGCGCGCAGCCCAUGCUCUGGCCGGCCUGGGUCUACUGCACGCGCUACUCGGACCGACCUUCCUCAGGUCCCCGGUCUCGCAAACCAAAGAAGAAGAACCCAAACAGAGAGGACAAGCGGCCGCGCACGGCCUUCACCGCCGAGCAGCUGCAGAGGCUCAAGGCCGAGUUCCAGACCAACAGGUACCUGACGGAGCAGCGGCGCCAGAGCCUGGCGCAGGAGCUCAGCCUCAACGAGUCACAGAUCAAGAUCUGGUUCCAGAACAAGCGUGCCAAGAUCAAGAAGGCCACGGGCAACAAGAACACGCUGGCCGUGCACCUCAUGGCGCAGGGCCUGUACAACCACUCCACCACCGCCAAGGAGGGCAAGUCGGACAGCGAGUAG